GUAAUUCAGUACUGUCUACUUUGUGGUGCACAAAAAGAAAAACACACGAUGACAGCUGAGUUUAACUCGCGUAACACUUUUCGAAAAUCGGGCGUAAGUAGUCUAAGUACUAAUGCUCGUAAUGUAAUUACUUCUGCGAAUCCCUCGGGGGGAAGCAGCGCAUCGCUUCUCCAAAAACAAUUGUCAUUUAAAACCCCAAUUUGUUCGAAUCAAUUUGGUAAAACUGACGAGGUUGAAAUUAUUGACAACUCUAAUUUAGACAACUUGGCAGGACAAUAUAAUAAGAACAAUAUAAUUGGCUGGAUUUGCUGUGCCCCUUGUAUAUGGCUGCGCACAUCUGCUGCAGUGCACAAAGUGGCUAUUACGUCGGCAACUUUAUUAGUUACAACUUUAUUGGUCGCAUCGCCAAUAUUAUUUUUAAUUAGUACAGCUCCCUCUCCACUUCCAAGGGAUUGCUAUAUGGAGGGUGACGGAUGUUCGCCAACAGUUGCAUCUACUUCGGAAUGCACGGAAGAUAUUUGCGAAACUGUUUCUUCGAACAUUCAAGCGAGACUUAAUUGGAAUAAAGAUCCUUGUUCAGAAUUUAAGAAAUUUAGUUGCUGGCGUAGAAAGUUCAAUAAAAAUGUAACGAAUAUAAUUGAAAUGGGAAACUCACAAAAAGCAGUCGAUAUUCAAAUGCAAAUGCUUCUGAGCAAUUCGACUUUAAGUGAAAGUUUCAAAAAACUUAAAAUCCUAUAUGAGAGCUGCCUUAAAUUGACAGCAAAUUCGAGUGCUAUACACAGUAUUUUUGAGCAAUUAGGAGGUUACUUAACAGUUGGAGUCCUUGGUCCUUCGACAAUAGCACCGCUCGUAGCUAAAAUCUAUGAACUUGGUCCCAGUCCACUUGUUGACAUAUAUUAUGAUCUAAGCUAUGGAAGAAGACCCCAUGUUCUUCUUAUCAUAAGCGGACCAAGUACUUCAUCAAUUAUAUUAGAGAAUAAAGUUCGUUGGAUGAGCCCCAAGGCACCUCCCAAUCGUUUACGACAAGGAAUACCAAAUCUCUUGCCAGAUUUAAUAGAUCAUGUUUUACCAAGUACCUUAUCAUAUGCUCAACGAGUAUCUGAGAAAGACACAAUUAUUGAAUUUAUAAAGGAUCUUAACAAGGUAAUUCAUUAAUUGACCAUUUAAUU